AUGUAUAUAAAAAGUUAUCAUAUCGAUAAUAAAUAUGACAUUGUAGCGUAUGGCGACGGAAGAGGCAGAGUGUUAGCACUCAUUUGGGCGAUACAAGCUUCCUAUGGCUUCGGGCAUAAGAAGGUUAUUUUUGAGGGAGAUAAUCAAACCAUCACCCGAAUGAUAAACACAAAGUCAUCUAAUCCAAGGCUACAACACUUUCUCGACACUAUCCAAAGUUGGAUACCAAGUUUUGAAUCGAUAGAAUUUUCUUUCAAACAUCGAGAGCAGAACGGAUGUGCGGAUUUCUUAGCCAAACAAGCCAUCAAAGAGAAUACUCAAUGGUCUCUGUUUCAUUCUUGUCCUUAUUUUCUGAGUCCAUAUGUAAACAACGAUUACUCUUAA